GCGCCAACUCAGAAGAGAAGACCCACUGCAAAAUUUACCACAUUAUCUGAGAUCCGAAAAACAAUCCAACCUCAGCUCCGAGAGCUCAACAGCAAUGGCGUCACCUUUGCCGUGCUCUCUCCCUCCUCGUCUCUCACUCAUCUCCAAAACUUCACCGCCUCAGCACCACCGCCUUCUCCUUUGCCCGACCGGACCGGACCAUUUCCUGUUCGAAUGCCGGGGGGGGGGGGGCAGACCGGGUUCUUCACCUGGCUCGGCAGGCUUAUCAAGGAGAAGGCCAACAGCGACGUGGAGAAACUCUUCUCGGGAUUCUCAAAGACUUGCGAUAAUCUCGCCGUCGUUGACAAGCUCUUGCUGUACUGGAACCUCGCCGACACCGAUCGAGUCCUCGACGAACUCGAAGAGGCUUUGCUGGUAUCCGAUUUCGGGCCGAAAAUCACGAUCAAAAUUGUGGAGAGUUUAAGGGAGGAUAUAGUUGCUGGAAAGCUGAAAUCUGGAAGCGAAAUUAAGGAUGCGUUGAAGAAGAGUGUGCUUGAUUUGUUAACUAUUAAAGGGAAAACCGAACUUCAACUCGGAUACAGGAAACCAGCUGUGGUUAUGAUUGUUGGCGUUAAUGGAGGCGGGAAAACAACAUCUCUUGGAAAGCUCGCUUAUAGAUUGAAGAAUGGAGGGGCAAAUGUAUUAAUGGCUGCAGGGGAUACCUUUCGAGCAGCUGCAUGUGACCAGCUGGAGAUAUGGGCCGAGAGGACUGUGUGUGAGAUUGUUGUGGCUGAGAGAGAGAAGGCCAAAGCACCAUCAGUUAUUUCUCAGGCUGUGAAGAGAGGGAAAUGACAAGGGUAUGAUAUUGUCUUAUGCGACACCUCUGGAUGUCUGCACACUAAUUACAGCUUGAUGGAAGAGUUGAUUGCAUGCAAGAAAGCUGUGACCAAAGUCAUGCCUGGUGCUCCUAAUGAGAUCCUACAAAUUCUGGAUGGGACCACAGGCUUAGACAUGCUUCCGCAAGCAAGAGAAUUCAAUGAAAUUGUUGGUAUAACUGGUAUGAUUUUGACAAAACUUGACGGUUCUGCUAGAGGAGGCUGUGUGGUCAGUGUGGUGAAUGAGCUCGGCAUCCCUGUAAAGUUUGUGGGUGUUGGUGAAGGCGUAGAAGACCUCCAACCGUUUGAUCCAGAGGCCUUUGUUAAUGCCAUAUUUUCAGAGUCCGAAUGUAGAGAAUUACCGGAUCCCCAUAUAUAUGUGUGUGCUGGAGGGUCGGUGUUUUGUCCGUGUACUGAGAUCGGUGCUUAGGAUGAAACUUCCAAGUUGAAAAUCACACAUUAGGUUUUUCAGACAAUCACGAUUAUUAUUGGUCAUGAAGUAGUGCUAUUUUCCGCCAUAUUGGUGCUGUAGGCUGGAAGUUAAGGCUUAGAGUUGAUGCAAAAUUGCCAAGCCUUAGGCCGCUGGGCGGUUUCCGCCAUGAUUUCUCUUGCAAUGUUUUGUCAGUACUCAGUGUGCAUUAUUUUGGUGCAAAAAGUUCAAAGACCCUCUAUGCUUGUCCAGGGACUUUAACUACUAAGGAAUUGGUCUCCCGCAUUCAACCUUUCACUUCUCUCCAAAGCAGCAGCAGCAUUAAACAUAAAAAGCUCCAAUCAAGUCAGCAAAGUAUCCCCGAUUAGCAUCGUAUUCCAUUAUCACAGGAGGAAGCAACUCUUUGAAUACUAAUUUGAUAAUUUGAAGACUAAGCCGUCUCAACUUCAAUGUACAAAUUGUACGAUAACCACUUUCAUCUUCUCCAAGUCGUCUUCAGACUCAUCGUAUGGAUGAUAUAGCCCGUCGAUCAGGAGGUAAGUGAUUACAUGGCAGCCUCCAAGGUGCAAUAGGUGACAAAUAUUUAGUCUUUGGACAUGACAUACACCGGUAUACACCCCUGCAAGUGCUCCCCAUUCCGUUCCAAAUUCAAACUACGGAAUGUCAAAAUUGCCCAUGCAUUGUCUUCUUCUGGUUCUGCUGCUGCUUACCUAAGUGAGGACGAUUUCUUGAGCUUCACGCGUUGAAAUAAACGUCGAUUGAUGGACCUGGCCUGCAAGCCCGUGGCAGAAAUAACAAAGACUGGCAGCUGAAGAGGUUCGUAAAGGAAGAAGCUCUCCCUCGUAGGAUUUGUGGAUUUGUACAAGUGUUACUUGGUUACAGAGAUGUUGAGGAAGGUCCUCAGGAAUUGUUGGUUGCAUUAGUUUUGUACUUUGUUUCAAGGGAAUGCAGAAUUAAGAUCCAUAAGCUUGAAA